GGAUGCUAGGCCAUCAUGUGGUUUUUUUUUUCUCCCCAGUUUUGGGAGGUCAUCAGUGAUGAGCAUGGGAUCGACCCCACUGGCAGUUACCAUGGAGACAGUGACUUGCAGCUGGAGAGAAUCAAUGUGUACUACAACGAAGCUGCUGGUAACAAAUACGUACCUCGGGCCAUCCUGGUGGAUCUGGAGCCAGGCACCAUGGACUCGGUCAGGUCUGGACCAUUCGGCCAGAUCUUCAGGCCAGACAACUUCGUGUUCGGUAUGUAGUCCUGAUCCAUGGCAAA